AUGGGUAUUGUGAUAGGGGCAAAGUCGCCAUUUGGAUACCCUCUCUGGGGACCAUUCACCAUGAUGGAAGAUCCCUCGAAAUGCUUAGAUGAAUGGAUAAUUAUAGAAAUGUCCAAAUUGAUCAGAUCAAAGAAAGAUUGGAAGAUGAAGUAUAAAAAUGAAACAAUUGCCCAAAAAUGGAAGACUGAAUUAAAGUCUCAAUUCACCUCCAAGACAGCAUCUAUGGAUGAAUUGAUCGAGUAUGUUUUCAAAGAACUUGCCUGGUAUGAAUACAUUGAAAAUAAUUUUAAAGGUGUGAAAGAUUCUGGUUUUGUUAUCGGAUGUGAUGAUAAAAUCGUCUAUAGUGAUACUGCCAUACCUGAAGAUGUCAAGUCUGGAUUGAGGGCUAAUGUAGAAGAGUUUGUAAGUGCCGAGUUUGGCGACAACCUAGAUUAUCACCCUGGCUCCAAUAAUCAAGUGGUGGACCUAGUACAUCCAUCUUUGUAUCCAUUACAGUAUGGAAUAACUCCUAAGAUUGUCCAACUGAAGGGGAAAAGCUACCAGGACCAAGACCCUGAAGAAAAGGUUACAAUUGCCGAAUUUAGUGAUGAUAAAAUUAAGGCACAUGUAGAAGAUUGGGCAGUUUCCAAGAAAUUUCAAUGGUUACCCGCCUUGAUGGUUCGUAGACCAACUCAAGAUUACUUACGUAAAGAGUAUGAAUUUGAAUCAUAUAUAAAUAAUUUGCAUCCUGAGAAAUAUGGCGAGUUGUAUGAAUCUAUUGCAAAGGUGUUCAAUUUAGCACUUCCUGGAUUGAACUUGACGCUAUCUCGACUUGAUACUGGCACUCCGAGACGGAUGCACAUUGAAUGUGAUUCAUUUUAUACAAAAGAAUAUCAAAGCAAGCUUGAUGCAUUAUUCAAAGAAGCCAGUAAUGACGAUUUUGAGAAAGUUGAAGAGUUUCAAUCUACAAGACUCGAUUAUCUUGCACAACAUCCAAUGCAAUAUAAAAUAGAUCACCCUGUGAAUUAUGAUUUUGAUCUACUUGAAUCGUUUCGUGAGUUACAUGUAAUAGUAAAGCUUGCAAACAUCGAAUUGACACCCUCCAACUCAAAAUACAAUGGCGGCACCUGGCAUAUUGAGGGCACCAUUAACGAGGAUAUAGUUGCAACCAUCUUGUACUACUAUGACUCUAACAACAUGACGGAAUCCAGGCUAUCGUUCAAAGGUGCUUUUGAAGAGCCCGACUAUGAACAAGACGAUACACUUGGAUGCGAAGCUAUCUACGGUAUCAAGGAUGGUGAAACAUUGACGAGAAUGAUUGGAGAUGUCGAAUGCAAAGAAGAUAGGGUACUUAUUUUCCCAAAUUGGUUUCAACAUCAUGUAGAGCCAUUCGAAUUGAAGGACAAGUCAAAGAAUGGUCAUAGAAAGAUUCUUUGCAUGUUUGUUUGUGAUCCUCAUAAUGAUAAAAUUGUCAGUACAGUCGAUGUACCUCCUCAACAAAAGAGUUGGUGGGAAGAUUCUACACCAAUGGAACAAAUCUCCAUGGAAAUAAAGGAAAAGAUUCUCAAGAUAAAGGGCGAUAACUGGCCUGUUGAUUUAGAAGAAAGUAAAUCCAUAAGAGAAGAACUCAUGAAGGAACGUUCAAUUUCAUCCAGCGAGGAUGUUGGGGAGAAUCAUCCUUUCCUCCGUGAGUUUUCUUUAUGUGAACAUUAG